AAUUACUCUGUCUUUUUUGAUGACUUUUGGAGGGAAAGUUCAACACUCGUCCUUGCAUCUGCGUGAUUCAUUUUCGGUUCAGAUAUACAACAAUAUUAUAAUUGCAGAGAAGACAAACAGUAGAUGAAGGCUUAGGACCGCCCGCCCGUGUUUUUUAGUUUUUCAUUGCAGGUUGAGCUCAGAGGGAAGCUGCCAUUGGAGCAGAGUCCUUUGGUGGUUGAGCUUCAGCUAGAGAGUAAAAAGCACUAGACCAGACUAGUGUCUAUCUUAAAGUUCUGUUGGAUUAGAUGAUUCAUGUAAAAUCAGUUCAAAGGGUGCUUUUGCUCCUGAGUUGCUUCUUUACCAAUGCAUUAGGUGUAUAUGUUGGUAUAAACAUAGGCACUGAUGUCUCCAGCAUGCCACCUGCUUCAGAUGUGGUUACCAUACUCAAAGCCAAUCAGAUUACUCAUAUUCGUCUCUAUGAUGCUGACUCUCACAUGCUGAAAGCCCUUUCAAAUAGCAGGAUUGAAGUGAUGGUGAGUGUCACAAACGAAGAAGUCCUGGGGAUUGGAGAAUCCCCUGCAAAGGCAGCUUCCUGGAUCAGUAAAAAUAUUGUGCCCUACAUGCCUUCAACCAACAUUACAGCCAUUGCAGUUGGUAGUGAGGUUCUUACUUCAGUCCCUCAUCUUGGCCCAGUUCUAGUUUCUGCUAUGAAUAACCUUCACAAGGCUCUAGUUGCUUCCAAUCUAAAUUUUCAGGUUAAGAUUUCAACUCCCCAAUCCAUGGACAUUAUUCCCAUGCCAUUUCCCCCAUCUACUGCCACCUUCAACUCCUCUUGGAACCCCACGAUAUACCAACUCCUUCAGUUUUUGAAGAACACUAACUCCUAUUAUAUGUUAAAUGCCCAUCCUUACUAUGGUUACGCUAAUGGGCAUGGUAUUUUUCCCCUGGAUUAUGCUCUUUUCAGGCCACUGCCCUCAUCGAAACAAAUUGUUGACCCAAACACACUGUUUCACUAUGACAGCAUGUUUGAUGCCAUGGUUGAUGCUACCUAUUAUUCUAUAAAUGCUCUCAAUUUUUCUGGCAUCCAGAUUGUUGUCACAGAAACUGGAUGGCCUUGGUUUGGUGGGCCUAAUGAAUCUGAUGCCACCUUAGAAAAUGCAGAGACCUUUACUAAUAACUUGAUCCGACGAGUUCUAAAUAAUUCAGGUCCACCUAGUCAUCCAACUAUGCCCAUCAACACAUACAUUUAUGAGUUGUUCAACGAAGACAAGAGACCUGGACAUGUUUCAGAGAAAAACUGGGGUGUCUUUUUUACUAAUGGGAGUGCCAUUUAUCCUCAGGGUACUUUUAGUCGAAUUACAGGAAAUUCUACAGUAAUCUUUUGUGUGGCAAAUGGGGGUGCAGAUCAGGAUAAGUUGCAAGCUGGCUUGAACUGGGCUUGUGGACAAGGCCAGGCUAAUUGCAGUCCUAUCCAACAAGGGCAGCCAUGUUAUCUUCCAAAUACUCUCCUAAAUCAUGCUUCUUAUGCCUACAAUGAUUAUUAUCAAAGAAUGCAAGGUGUUGGUGGAACAUGUGAUUUCAAUGGAACAGCUACAACAACUACUGUUAAUCCAAGUUACGGAUCCUGUAUAUUUACUGGAAGUUCUAAUUCAAGCACGGGCAGUGAGGGGCUUUCACCCGAAUCACCUCCAACAACAGCCUCUGGUCCUGUAAGUCCCUUUGCAGGUAGCAUGAACCUUCCCAUUUCCAAAGUUCAGAUUCUGAUCACAGCAGCAUGUCUUGCUGUGGUGAUGCUAUAAUAACCCGGAAGUUUAUUCAAUCAAAACCUCCAUGGUGGAUUAAUCCGGUGGACAAGACUGUAUGGAGUAAUGAGAAACACAGCUAAUUGGGCGCAUCCUAAGUCAUUAGGAUUCAGAAUUCACAAGCUUUUCUCAGUGACAACCAUGGUUUCUCCGGAGCUUCUUUGUGGCCUUAUUCUUGCUCAUCCUUUCAAUUUUGUAUCUGUCUGGGGUUAUUCCAUGACGUAGUCAUUGUAGUUUGAUCAUUUUCCAUGUAGCAUAAGACUUCACUUUUUGGGACAAUGACCAAACUCAUGUUUCUGGAUUUUAUUUUAGUGGUAAAAGAAUUAACAAUUGGAAGGAAACCAAAAACCAAGGAGAAAAAAGAGGGGGGCAACCC